AUGAAGUCUGCCGCUGCCGUCGCCCUUGUGGCUGCUGUCGCCGUCUCGGCGAACCCCACCCCUACCACUCCCGAGAAGCCCAUCAAGGCUCGCUCCCUCCCUACCGUCACUGCCUCUGGCAAUGCUUUCUGGGCCGGCAGCGACCGUUUCUACAUCCGUGGUAUUGACUACCAGCCCGGUGGUUCUUCUAAGAACAUCGACCCCUUGGCCGAUACCUCCAUCUGCGGCCGUGACAUUCCCGAGUUCAAGAAGCUUGGCGUCAACACCAUCCGUGUCUACUCCGUCGACAACUCCAAGAACCACGAUGAGUGCAUGUCCCAGCUCGCCGACGCUGGCAUCUACCUCGUUGCCGACGUCAACAACCCCCUGUACUCCAUCAACAGAGCCGACCCCCACAAGUCUUACAACGCCGUCUACCUCCAGUCCGUCUUCGCCACUGUCGAGGAGUUCGCCAAGUACGACAACACCCUCGCCUUCUUCUCUGGUAACGAGGUUAUCAACGAUGCCGGCAACACCACCCUGACUGCCCCCUACGUCAAGGCCGUCACUCGUGACAUGAAGAACUACAUGGCCUCCCGCGGCCUCCGCCACGUCCCCGUCGGUUACUCUGCUGCCGAUAUCGCUGACAACCGCAUGGAGACUGCCGAGUACUUCAACUGCGGUAGCGAUGACGCCCGCUCUGACUUCUUCGCUUUCAACGACUACUCUUGGUGCAACACCAACUUCAAGGAGUCCGGCUGGGAUGUCAAGGUCAAGAACUUCACCGACUAUGGUCUCCCCAUUUUCCUUUCCGAGUACGGCUGCAUCACCAACGGCCGUGACUUCGGUGAGAUCGAGGCUCUCAUGAGCGACGAGAUGACCGGCGUCUACUCCGGAGGUCUCAUGUACGAGUACUCCAUGGAGGAGAACAACUACGGUAUUGUCGAGAUCGACGGCACCUCCGUCUCUGAGCUGUCCGAGUUCGCCAAGAUGUCCACUGCCAUGUCCAAGUACCCUGCUCCCACCGGUGCCGGCGGUGCUGUUUCCACCACCCACUCCGUUGCCUGCCCAACUGAGAACGCUGUCUGGUCCGUUGACCCCAGCAAGAUCCCUACCAUGCCUACUGGUGCUAGCAAGUACAUGACCGCUGGUGCUGGUGACGGCCCUGGUCUGACCGGCGAUGGCUCCCAGCAGGCCGGUGACUCUGCCUCCGAUGGCGAGACUACCGGAGGAACUGCUUCCCCCACUGCCUCUGGUGCUGCCGCUACUGGUUCUUCCAACGCCGCCCCCGGCCUCACCUUCGGUGGCCACGUCGAGAAGGCCCCUCUCGUUAUCAGCGGCCUGACCAUCAUGUUCACCCUGUUCGGUGCCAUGGUACUGUAA